GGUGCUCUUAUAACAGGACCUAAGUAUCCGUCUCUUGGAACUGACACUCCCCUAUUGUGUUAACUGUCUUGCGUUGUUCACACAUCUUUUUGCUCUGUUUUGAAAACUUUCAAGUUGCGCCUACCCAAAGACCACUGCCGGAGACGGAUCCACUCAGUGCGGAGCUGUUACCAAGCGCGCAAACGAUGGAGUUGUCGGAUAUCGCUUUUCCAAUCGCCUCCGCAGACGACUUUUACAACGACCCGUGUUUCAACACGAGCGACAUGCACUUUUUCGACGAUCUGGACCCGCGGCUGGUUCACCUGGGCCUGCUCAAGGCGGAUGAUCACCGUCACAACGAAGACGAGCACGUCCGCGCGCCGAGCGGUCACCACCAAGCCGGCCGGUGUCUCCUGUGGGCGUGCAAAGCUUGCAAGCGGAAGACCACCAACUCGGACCGCAGGAAAGCGGCGACCAUGCGCGAGAGGAGGCGGCUCGGCAAAGUCAACGACGCGUUCGAGACUCUGAAGCGCUGCACCUCCACGAACCCCAACCAGAGGCUCCCGAAGGUGGAGAUCCUCAGAAACGCCAUCAGCUACAUCGAGUCCCUCCAGUCACUGCUCAGGGGGCAGGAGGAGAACUACUACCCCGUGCUGGAACACUACAGCGGGGAUUCGGACGCGUCCAGUCCCCGGUCAAACUGCUCUGAUGGAAUGAUGGAUUUUAAUGGCCCAACGUGCACUUCAAGGAGAAGGAAGAGCCAUGACAGCGCCUACUUCACAGAGACGCCAAAUGAUUCCAGAAGUAACAAGAACACCGUCGUUUCCAGCUUGGAUUGUCUAUCCAGCAUCGUGGAGCGCAUUUCGACGGAACCCUCGGCGUGUCCAGCACUGGUCAACGAGGGCGCCGAAGACGGUCCAUGUUCCCCCCGCGAGGGAUCUAUCCUGAGCGAGACAGGAGCACCCACGCCAUCCCCGACCAACUGUACACCGUCCCCUCACGACCCUAAUCCAGUCUACCAGGUGUUGUGAAGUUCCCGGUCACGUGCUGAGAAAGACAGUCGCGCUAACUACACAUUCUUCAAUUCUACGUAAUUCCUUGGGGUGAAGGGGGGAUAGUUAUCACAGGAUUAAAAAAAACUGCAUGUACUUGUAUCAUCACAUGAUGCUGGCUGACACAACACAGAGUUGCCGUUCGAUUUAUUUAUGCCAAGUCCACGUUUAAAAGACAACGCGCAAAACAUAUCACAGAUAUUAUUUAUGUUGUUGUUAUUACCUCACAUGUAGUAAUUUCGGAAGCGUGCAGGAGUACCUGCACGAAGCCGCAUUUGGCUUGGGACAUGGGUUAGUAUUGAUACUAUUCAUAUAAACAGAUGUCCAGGGUAACUGGAUCUCCCCGGUUUAUAAUUUACUGGUUCUUGUAAAGGAAAACAAUCCAUGAAUGUAAUUUGGAAAAUGAGGACCAUUUUUGUACAUUUGUGAAUAAGAUCUUCUUUGCUAAAAGAAAAGGAAACAAAAUUAUUUAAUGCUGCGUGUUUAUAGAGAUGCUUGGUUUGUUGUGUCAGAUGUUUAACUUUAUAUUUAUAUAUCCAAAAAACUGAGUGAAUGUCUUCGUUUUAAUAAACCACUGUGGUUAUUUAUAUUUUAAAAAA